AUGAACGAAAACGUGCAAGUCAAGAUCGAUGGUUCGGAUGAAGCCAACGUCCAAGUCAAGCAUUCGAGACCGUCAUUCUGGGCAGGAAGUUUCGCGCACUACCGCAACAACCCCCACUGGGGAGUCAUCGCGUACGGCCGUCCCGGCGGGGACGUUAAACAUACGUUUCAUAGGAUAUACGAGCGAGGAGCAGAGGAUGCCGGCGCAAGUAACGGCAAGGCUGGGAGUACCAUCUCAAACCCGCUGCAGACCAUAUGCAGGCUCUUGAGCGAACAUGGGGGUUUCGUCGCGACUGUCCCGCUUGAGACGGAGAGAGUCGAAAAGCUAGUGAUCAACGUCGUGGACGACGAGUCGGCCCACGGAUACACAUUGGAUAGCUGGGCCGUUACCGAGGCGGUUGGUAAUGGUACCAUGGACAAGGAGCUGCUCGCACCGGCGACGGCCGUGGAUGUUACCUGCGACAUCAAGAAGAUCAACAAGCCUACCAUCGAUGCCGCUCGGCAAGUAAAUCGCAUGCAACCCAUCCGUUCCACUGCCAAUGAGUCUCCGGGCACAGUCGUUGAAGAGGCUCAGGACACCAAACACAGAGCCCAGCGAGCUUACUGUCAGAUGUUUGCGGUCUGCAUGUACGCUGAAGACUUGCGAUAUGGCGGAGGCGACGACUUCCUCGCUGCCCUUCGGGAUAAGACUUCUUUUCUGAACAGCAUACGUCUAGCUUCGUAUUGUUGCACGCUGGGCUAUGUCGAAGGGUGUUGUUGUCUGCUCCACCAAGUUAAUGACGAUGGUGAUCGUGUAUGGUGGAAUGACCAGGCAUUCUGGACGCACGAGUUCCUGCCCAGCUUGGCCGAGUGGGAGAACCUCCAGCUCGCGGCUGUCGGACCUCAGCAGCACCUCGUUGUUGCUUCACUGUCCGACCAUGACGAGUAUAUGUCAAUCGUUUACGUCCGCGCUUUGGAGCUCGCGAACAUGUAUACUUCGUCGAUGAUGCGUUCUGACGAUGUCGUUGCUAUCCGCAAUCACAACGCCUCGAUGCGGUUUGAAGCUCUGCUUGUUAUGAUCACAUCGACUUGCAAAUACGCAUGCGCAAGAGCAUUGUCCGUCAGUCUCAAGGCAGACUUCUCUGUCUCUGCUGGUCUUCACUCCAGACAUGAAAGCACCUAUAACGAGUUCAGCGUGAAUCCACCCCUCGAUCACUACCGCGGAAAACUUGCUGCCUCCAAAGGGUCACUCAAUGACGUUUGGGAGACGGUCAACAAGAAUGAGGUCGAGCCUGCGAUUCUCAGAACGACGCUCAACAUAAUUUGCUCAAGAACGCCCUUAACUUGGUCGAUACAAUGCCGACGACUGCUGCGGGUGGCAACCUUCGGCCGCGAAGUUGGUAUUUUCCGAGCAUCGAUCAGUGGCAGACCUUGGAGCAGAGGCUGCGAGAAGAGGUUCCACAGUCGACCACAUGCAUCCCAACAUGCAAAUGGAAAAGAAGAUGCAGCCACCGACGCUGACCUAACGAGCCUUCGACAGAAGCUCGGUGCAACAUUCCGAGCCAAUCUAGCCUUAAAAGACCUGCCCCAAGGACUUCAAGGAAAGCAGCAUCCCUCCAACGGCUCGGGCUCUCAGGUUGACGCCGGUCCCCAAGGUGCACUGGGAGUUACGUAUGCUGGGCUUGCAAUCGCUCAGGGGGUUGCGGGUGCUGGGCUUGCAAUGGCUCCAUCCAACGGACAAGCUGGUACCGACAUGAUUCGAUUUCGGCAGCUUUUCGAACGACCUAUCAACCAGUACCCGAAGCCACAGGCCUCAAGCUACCCGCCGCCGUCAACACCCCACGACAACAUCGACGAAGAUGAAGAUGACAAAGACGAUGAUGAUGUCGCUGGCGUAGUCAAGACCGAAGUGUACCUGCUGUGCCUUCAGUCAGCCAGCACCAGGUUCUUCAUCUUCGCCAGCCGAAAUAUGCAACAUCGCAUUCAUCAGCGAUCCCGCUGGACGACCUGCUACCGUCCUCCGAAAGGCCAGGUCGUUCUUCAAGAAGAUGACCAGCAACACAACGACGCGGAGCCGUUGGCUUCAUCGUCUGAAGACGACUUGUACCAGGCUAAUGGACCAACGACCGCCAAGCCCCUUACCUUCGCCACCAGGUCGCCCACAUCAAAAAGGAGGUCGCCGAGUUUCAGACCAGUGGUGGCUCUGCUGCCGGUGACGGCUUCGUACCAAGGAUCUGAUCGCAAGGCCAAGCUGAUCGUGAAGUUUCGCGAGACACCUUGA